AUGGCGGCUGGCUCUGGAGGCUCGGAGAUUCAGCGACGACUCGGACUUCGCAGUUCUCUCUGGCCCUCCUCGAUGGCAGGAUUCCUUGAAGUUUCCAUCCACGAUGCGGGUGUUUCUAAAACGCUCAUGAAAGAGGAUCCUGCACCCACCUACGACUACAUCGUCGUCGGAGGUGGUACCUUGGGAGCUGUGCUCGCGUCACGGCUGAGCGAGGACCCUACUGUCUCUGUCCUCGUCCUUGAGAAGGGACAGGUGGUUGACACGUGGAUAACCCGGAUCCCUCUCCUUUUUGCAAACCCGACAAGCAAAAACUUUAGGCGAAGUCCUCGGGGGGGUAGUCGCAUCAACGGCGCUCUGUACACUCGAGGUACUCCGUACGACUACAAUCGGUGGGAGGAGUUGGGCAACGUUGGGUGGGGAUACAAUGAUCUCGAGCCGUAUUAG